AUGGCCAUCAACGCAAGCCCUCUUGUGCGGACAAUCCCGCGCAGUACACUUCGAACCACGUUGUGUAACACCCCGUUAUCGAGAUUCUAUGCCAGCUCCACCUCGCAAUCAUCCCAAGUGAGCGACCCGGCUUCCAGCUCGCCGGAAUCUCAAGCCAUCAACAAAUCUCGAGGCUUGAAAGGUCGGCGUCCCGACAUCGCCGAUACGCGCUCUACUCAGUCCCCGGUUUCCCCUUCGCACCAGAGGGAAGUCGCCAGCGAAACUCACGAAGGAGAAGAACCAGCGUCAUCCGAGGAACAAAUCAAGAAUGAUCCUAGCAUGUCCACAGAGGAUAAGAGAAGGAACGUAGAGAAAGUUGGGCAGAAGCCUUUGGGGCGUGAGGAUCGUUAG